AUGAAAUUUCUUUCAGUACUCAUUUUCGCUUUACUAUUGAUCAUCCAUGUCAAUAGUCAACCUAUUGAUGAAAGUAAUGAUGAAGAAUUCGCUCAACGAAUGAAGUCGGCUCGUGCUCUUGCCGACUGUAAAAAUUGGCACGGCAAGGAACCUGAGGCAAGUGUCCAUUUGGCCAAAAUAUUAUCAGCACCAUGCAGUAUACCACCCACAUUUCCACCAAAUUUAAAGGAUGGAUGGACGACAGAUCCAGGAUGCGAUGCUAAGAAGCAACCAAAUACAUGUUCUUACCAUGUAGGUGCUUGGGGUUGCUAUCGACACUCGUUCAAAAACACAGGACCCGGUGCACAAGCCUGCUAUGACAGAAAGGGCAAUUGGCUUUCCGAUACAUGGCAAGGUGCUGGAACGCUCGAUGCCGAAACAGCAUUGGGUUCAAUUUUUCAACAGCUGAGACAUUACACUGCUGAUGUUGUACCGUAUGACAAUUGUUGCAAGAGUUCUGGAUUACCACAGCCCAGCACAUGCAAUUUAUACUUCGAAAAGCGACCAACAGGCAUUUGUGAAAUAAAACCAGCCGUCUAG